AUGGUUAAGAUGAUUUAAAUUCUUUAUGCAAAUCUUUAUUCAAAAAAAGCUUACAAAAAGAAACAAGUGACUUUGAUAUAUAUUAAAAUGAGAAAAUUACAUUUGAAGAACUCAUGCGUUCUUAAGAAAUAGAAAAAUAACUUAGAUUUCAAUUAAUUUAUUAUCUAGGAGAAGAAACAAAAUAAAAGAGCCUCAGUGAACCUAAUAGUUAUAUUUAGAAAUAAUCAGGAAAUAAUAAAUUAAAAGCACCUUUAAAAGAAAUGA